GGAACAUCGCCAGAUUGGAAUGGUUUUGCUUGCCGGAAAAGUUGCUUCGAAUGCAGACUGCGAAGAACCCGGAAAGCCAUGGAACUGAUUGUAUUCAAGUUGGCAAUUGAAUAUAGGCCUUCAUAAUUUGGCGCAAAGAAAAUCAGCUAAUAAGCACCAACCAUCACAUGGCUUUGUCUUUCAAGUCGACAGAAGAAUUGUGGCUUAGCGUUUUUGACGAACAUUUUGCAAGACAAGAACCAACUCAUGCGGCCCUGACUGUAUUUUGUCCACAGAAAAAUCGUCGAGUUUUUCAGUCACGUGGAAGAGUGAUAAAUAGUGAAUAAGGCUUGUCGCCAUGUUGGUAUGCGGCUUCAGGCCUCCACAUAAAAAUACAAUAUCCAAGUCAAUGUCAUGGACAAGAGCAUAUGGUUAUGGUGGCAUGUCAUCUUUUCAUUACAAACAUUGAGAAGACAAACCCUUGUGAAGUAGAUAUGAAGCUGUCCAGAGAUGAUGAUUGACCCUCUUCCAUUUAAGAUUAGAGUUAACUUGACCCACCAUCAUAUAUUACAAUCAUACAAAAUUUGAUGUUUAACAUGAAGGAGGGCAAAACCAUGUGAACUAUCAAUGUGCAUGACCCAUGAAACCUCUUGGCCAUCAUCUUUAUAUACAGAACCAAACUCUAUCUCUCAAAACAUAACAAUCUCUUGGCAUCAACAAAAAAAGAAAUCCAAAGUUUUUUUUUCUCUCUCGAUCUAUAUUCAGAACACAACAUAAAUGGCUUUGGCGAGGGGUCUAUUGGGUGGGAAGAAAAAUCUAAACAGAGUACCAAAGGGACACAUUGCAGUGUACGUGGGAGAGGGAGAGAAGACGAGAUAUUUGGUGCCUCUUUCGUACUUGGAUCAGCCUUCCUUUCAACAACUGCUUCGUAAAUCCGAAGAGGAGUUUGGUUUCAGCCAUCCGAUGGGCGGACUCACAAUCCCUUGUCCCCAACAUGUUUUCGUCGCCCUAACUUCUCGGCUCCAUUGACGAGAAAACACCAACUUAUUUUUGUCUCAGUGUAGUGAUUGAGUUUUUUCUCCGUGUAUAUACACAGACAGUUUUCUCAUGUGGAGAAACCAUUUCUAUGUAGAGGAUGUUUUUGGAUAAGUUAGUAAUGGUUUCAUACAUGUAAAUGUAUCUCUAUCCAAAAUUUGGAUUCUCAAUGAUUUUGUGGGCUCAAAAUAUAA